AUGGACGCAAUAGACAUUCCGGUGGACAACGUGCCCGCCGACCUCCGCCCCGUCGAGCAGACGCUCAGGCGCGCGGCCGAGCUCAAGAAAGUUGACCCGGUCGUCAGCUAUUGGUGCUGCUUCUGGGCGGCGCAGAAGGCGCUCAAGAUCCCCAAUCGGUCGCGCGAGGGAACGGCGUUCCUCAUGCGCAUCCUCGACGCGCUCGAGGAGAUGAAGGCGGCUCUUGGAGAUAAUGAGGCCGUGUCCAACGAGGCGGUAGGAAGUGCGCACGUGGAGAACUUUGCGCUCAAGGUGUUCAUGGGGGCGGAUAACGCGGAACGCGCGGGUGACUUUGGCAAAGCGACUAUCCGCAAAUUCGUCGUCGCAGGCCAGUUCAUCGACGUCCUCAACGCCUUCGAGACGGGCAUGUCCGAGGAGAUCGCGCAGAAGGCAAAGUACGCGAAAUGGAAGGCGGCCGACCUUGCAAAGUGUCUGCGCGAAGGACGAACGCCCGUGUCCGGUCCGCCUGUGGACCCUCUGGAGGCCGAGCUCGCCGCCCUCGGACCACCAGCUGACGCGCCAACCGAUCGCCGUGGAUCCGGCUCAGGAUCGGGAGGUAUAGCGACGCCAACCUCGCGCGCGUCCGCCUCCCUCGCCCCAACUUCACCGCCCGACGCACGUUCCCCACUGGCAACCUCCCCCGACCUCCCCUCGCUCCCAGGCGUACCAGCACCCGCUUCGAUGGACCGUACGCUGUCCGGUGGCAGUGCGCGCUCUGGCGGUUCGGGCCUGGAGCUCCCCUCCGCCCCAGUUGGCCUGGAACGUACCCUCUCCGAUUCCAGUGGCGGCUUUGGCCUCCCCUCCGUCCCGCCACCGCUGCCCCUCCCCAGCCUUCCCGGCGUGGUGGGCGGCGCACCCGCGUUCGACUCGACCCCUGUGUCAGACAACGAGGAGGAGGAGGCACCCGGGCCGGAAGUGCAGCCUCGCUCCAACGCGAGCCGGUUCUUCAUCGAUCUCCUCUCACCCGAGCCUGACCCGCCUUCCUCCCCUCCUUCAGUGGCGCCCGUGGCCCGCUCUGCACCGAGCGCGCCGCCUCUCUCUCCUCCGCCUGUUGCGUCGCCGCCACAUGCUCCUCCCCGGGCUCCUCCGCCCACGUCCCCUCCUCGGGCUCCUCCCACUUCUGCUCCUGUCCGCGCUGUCCCAGCUCCCGUUCGCGCGGCCCCGGUUAUCCCGCCACCAGCGCCUGUCCCAGCGCGACUUGGUCCGGUGCGUGAGCUGAGCCGUGCCGAGACGGAGCGGUGCCAGAAGCACUGCCGGUGGGCGAUCAGCGCGCUCGAAUUCGAGGAUCCCGAAACGGCGCGCACAGAGCUCCUUAAGGCGCUCGCCAUGCUGUCGUGA